CACACAAAUAGUGUUGAAUUUUAACAAAUUAAAAUCAUGCUUGAUUUUUCUCUUUCUAUCUGUCUUUAUUGUCAUUAAUGAUAAAAAAGUGUGUUGGUUAGAGAAGGAGUUCUGUAACACGCAGAAAUCAGUCUAGUGUUUAGUUUUUUAAUAUAAUGAUGGACUGAAUCUGAAGGAAGAAAUCUUCCGUCUUUGUGCUCCUCCUCCAAAACCACCUCCUCAUACACACAGAGAACCAGGAAGUUUAUUUCAAAGGAAACUAAACUCAGAGUUCAGUGCACUGUCUCUCUCUCUCUCUCUCUCUCUUCUCGCUAUCUGUCAGUGUGUGAGUUCAGGAAAAUGGCCGAGGCCAGUAUUUCAGUAGAUCAGCUUUCAGUGGAUCAGUUCAGCUGUCCAGUGUGUCUGGAUCUACUGAAGGAUCCGGUGGCGGUCCACUGUGGUCAUAGUUUCUGUAAGGUGUGUAUUAAUGACUACUGGGAUCAGGAAGAUGAGAGCGGAGUGUAUCGCUGUCCUCAGUGCAGUGACACUUUCACUCCAAGGCCUGUUCUACGCAGAAACAACAUGCUGGCUGAAGUGGUGGAGAAACUGAAGAAGACUGAAGUCCAAGCUGCUUCUCCUGCUCACUGUUACGCUGGACCUGGAGAUGUGGAGUGUGAUUUCUGCACCGGGAGAAAACACAAAGCCGUCAAGUCCUGUCUGAUGUGUCUGGCCUCCUUUUGUGAAACUCAUCUGAAACCUCACUAUAAAGUUCCUUCCUGGAAAAAGCACAAGUUGGUCGAAGCUUCUGGAAAUCUACAAGAGAAGAUCUGCUCUGAGCAUGAGGAAGUGUUGAACAUCUACUGUCGUACUGACCAAAGCUUCAUCUGUUAUCUGUGUAUGAUGGAAAAACACAAAAGCCACGACACCGUCUCAGUUAAAGCGUACAGAACUAAAAAACAGAGAGAGUUAAAGGAGGAGCAGAUGAAAUCCCAGCAGAGAAUCCAGGAGAAGCAGAAGAAGGUGCAGGAGCUGAAACAGACUGUGAACACUAUAAAGCUCAGUGCACAGACAGCAGUGGAGGACAGUGAGAGGAUCUUUACUGAGAUGAUCAGCUCCAUGGAGAAAAGGCGCUCGGAGGUGACGGAGCUGAUCAGAGCUCAGGAGAAGGCUGAACUGAGUCGAGCUGAACGACUCCUGGAGCAACUGGAGCAGGAGAUCGCUGAUCUUCAGAGGAGAGUCACUGAGCUGGAGCAGCUUUCACACACACACGAUCACCUCCACUUCCUCCAGGAAAUAAAGGUUUUAGUCUCCGGCCGUCACUCGACCAAAAUUAUUAGACCAGAUUUUCAGUCUGAUCUCCGUGAGGACUCACGCAGAAUCACUGUCAAUCAACAUCUCUCAUUUGAUGGAGUGAGGAAAUCUCUCUCUGCUCUGAAAAAGAGACUCGAGGAAUUCUGCCUUGAGGAAUUCAUCAAAAUCCCUGAACUUGCUGCAGUAGUUCAGAUCAUUUUAGAACCAAAGAGCAGAGAAUAUCGUCUGCAGUAUUUCUGUGAUCUGACUCUGGAUCCCAACUCAGUAAAUUAUUACCUCAUUCUGUCUGAGAAGAACAGAGCGGUGACACGCAGUGAGAGAAAGCAGCAGUACUCUGAUCAUCCAGAGAGAUUUGACUCCUACACUCAGGUGUUGAGUAAGGAGAGUGUGUGUGGACGCUGUUACUGGGAGGUGGAGUGGAGCGGUGUGAGAAGUGUGUCCAUAUCAGUCUCAUAUAAAGACAUCAGCAGGAAAGGACGGGGUAAGGAGCGUUGGUUUGGAUGCAACAAUAGGUCCUGGAGUCUGUGGUGUUCUUCUUCUUCUUCUCUCUGUUUCUGUCAUGACAACAUUGAGACUGGGCUCGGAGUUCCACCACCCUCCAGAAUAGGAGUGUAUGUGGAUCACAGUGCAGGAACUCUGUCCUUCUACAGCGUCUCUGAUACGAUGAAGCUCCUCCACAGAGUCCACACCACAUUCACUCAGCCUCUAUACGCUGGGUUCUGGCUUGACUCUUUGGGAUCAACUGUGAGAUUAUGCAAUAGGAGUGUUUAUAACCUCUCUGUCUUUGUGCUCCUCCUCCAAAACCACCUCCUCAUACACACAGAGAGCCAGGAAGGUCAUUUCAAAGGAAACGAAACUCAGAGUUCGGUGCACUCUCUCUCUCUCUCGCUCUCUCUCUCUCUCUCUCUCUGUGAGUUCAGGAAAAUGGCCGAGGCCAGUAUUUCAGUAGAUCAGCUUUCAGUAGAUCAGUUCAGCUGUCCAGUUUGUCUGGAUCUACUGAAGGAUCCGGUGACGAUCCACUGUGGUCACAGUUACUGUAAGGUGUGUAUUAAUGACUGCUGGGAUCAGGAAGAGAAGAGCGGAGUGUAUCGCUGUCCUCAGUGCAGAGACACUUUCACUCCAAGGCCUGUUCUACGCAGAAACAACAUGCUGGCUGAAGUGGUGGAGAAACUGAAGAAGACUGAAGUCCAAGCUGCUUCUCCUGCUCACUGUUACGCUGGACCUGGAGAUGUGGAGUGUGAUUUCUGCACCGUGAGAAAACACAAAGCCGUCACGUCCUGUCUGAUGUGUCUGGCCUCCUUUUGUGAAACUCAUCUGAAACCUCACUAUGAAGUUCCUGCUUUGAAAAAGCACAAGUUAGUCGAAGCUUCUGGAAAUCUACAAGAGAAGAUCUGCUCUGAGCAUGAUAAAGUGCUGGAGAUCUACUGUCGUACUGACCAAAGCUUCAUCUGUUAUCUGUGUAUGACAGAUGAACACAAAAGCCAUGACACCGUCUCAGUUAAAGCGUACAGAACUGAAAAACAGAGAGAGUUAAAGGAGGAGCAGAUGAAAUCCCAGCAGAGAAUCCAGGAGAAGCAGAAGAAGGUGCAGGAGCUGAAACAGGCUGUGAACACUAUAAAGCUCAGAGCACAGACAGCAGUGGAGGACAGUGAGAGGAUCUUUACUGAGAUGAUCAGCUCCAUGGAGAAAAGGCGCUCGGAGGUGACGGAGCUGAUCAGAGCUCAGGAGAAGGCUGAACUGAGUCGAACUGAACGACUCCUGGAGCAACUGGAGCAGGAGAUCGCUGAUCUUCAGAGGAGAGUCACUGAGCUGGAGCAGCUUUCACACACACACGAUCACCUCCACUUCCUCCAGGAAAUAAAGGUUUUAGUCUCCGGCCGUCGCUCUCCCGAAAUUAUUAGACCAGAUUUUCAGUCUGAUCUCCGUGAGGACUCACGCAGAAUCACUGUCAAUCAACAUCUCUCAUUUGAUGGAGUGAGGGAAUCUCUCUCUGCUCUGAAAAAGAGACUCGAGGAAUUCUGCCAGGAGGAAUUCAUCAGAAUCCCUGAACACGCUGCAGCAGUUCAGAUCAUUUUACCCCCAGAACCAAAGAGCAGACAAGAUUUUCUGCAGUAUUUCUGUGAUCUGACUCUGGAUCCCAACACAGUACAUUAUUACCUCAUUCUGUCUGAGAAGAACAGAGCGGUGACGUGCAGUGAGAGAAAGCAGCAGUACUCUGAUCAUCCAGAGAGAUUUGACACCUACAGGCAGGUGUUGAGUAAGGAGAGUGUGUGUGGACGCUGUUACUGGGAGGUGGAGUGGAACGGUGUUGGUGUGCACAUAUCAGUCUCAUAUAAAGACAUCAGCAGGAAAGGACGGGGUGAUGAGUGUGGGUUUGGAUGCAACAAUCAGUCCUGGAGUCUGUGGUGUUCUUCUUCUUCUUCUCUGUGUUUCUGGCACAACAACAUUGAGACUGAUCUCGGAGUUCCAUCAUCCUCCAGAAUAGGAGUGUAUGUGGAUCACAGUGCAGGAACUCUGUCCUUCUACAGCGUCUCUGAUACGAUGAAGCUCCUCCACAGAGUCCACACCACAUUCACUCAGCCUCUAUACGCUGGAUUUAGGCUCUACUGGAAUUUAAUCUCUAAUUCAGGAACAACUGUGAGGUUGUGUGAUCCAACAAAAUAAUGAUUUGAGGUGUUUUAUGGUCAGUAAUUUGUCAGUAAAUAAAACUCCAUGCACAUUUCCUCAUUGAUCCCCAUCUGUCAAAUAAAUGUUCAUAUUAAAUCAGUAAAAACACUAAAGAUUAAAACGCUGCAUUUCGACUCGGCCUAGGAUCAUCAGUUACACAUAUAAAGGAAAUGAAAGUGUAAGAUUUGAAUGUAUUCCCAAUGACGUAUAAAAGUUCUACUGAUUUCUGAAAUUAGUGAAGUGAAAUGCCUAAACUCUCUAUAAAUCAAAUCUCUUUAUCAAAUUGGAGAGAAUUUUUAAAGGAAAUUAAAUGAAAUAUUUUGAGCGACAGGAGCAGUGCAGUAGGUAUGUAGCUAGGGAAUCAAAAUGGCCACCUAGUUACACGUUGCAUUAUGGGUACCUGUAUAGGUUGCAGUGAUGUCUGUGAAAGUGAUGAUGAUGAAGAUGAUGAUUUAUAUUAAAAUAUCUAUAUCCAGUUAUUUCCCUAAUCUAAACUAUGUGCACUCAGGGCUGUUUUUGGUCUGACACAGUGGGAGAGCUGAUGGUGGCAGGGAUGUUAGUUUAAAUUAGUUAGUAAUAUUGACAUUUUUUGCAAAUAAUAAAGACAUUUGUAGACACUGA